AUGGCGGCGAUGGGCCGCCUGAUUAAUUUUGUCAUGUUCUACUCGCAGAACUAUAGCAAAAUUCAGCGUGUGCUGCGCCUCGUGUACUUUACGGGUCUCAUUGGUGGUAUGUACAUGUCCAUACCUGGCAAGAAAAAGUCCGGCAAGAAGCAGGAUCAAGUCGUUGUGCAGAACCGCAAGCGCAGCAGACGCAAAGAUGGCGAUAAGCCGCAGCGCGUCGCUGUGGACGACGUGUUUUUCAAGCGACUUGGCGUACUGCUUCGCAUCAUUUUCCCUUCGUGGAGGUGCAAGGAGAUGGGUCUGCUUAUUGCAUUUACUAUCACACUUGUAAUUCGUACGGUCCUGUCUCUCUACGUGGCCGAUUUGGACGGUCGCAUCGUGGCGGCUUUGGUGCGUGGCAACAAGCGCUCUUUCUUCCUCCACGUCCUCGGAUGGAUGGGCAUUGCAGUACCUGCUGUACUGACAAACAGUAUGAUUACAUACUUUAGUUCCGCACUGGCGUUAGCCUACCGCAGUCGCCUGACACAUCAUGUUCAGGCCAAGUACCUGCAGAACUUGACGUUCUACAAACUCAGCAAUUUGGAUGACCGCAUCAAGAAUGCGGAUCAGCUCAUCACUGUUGAUGUUGCCAAAUUCAGCAAGGCGCUGUCUGCACUGUACGGAAACAUUGCGCUGCCUAUCCUGGAUGUGGUGCUAUACAAUUACAAACUGAUGAACACGGUUGGUGCCGAGAUGCUCAUUUUCACCACUGCCAUCAUCUGGUCUAGCUCGACUAUGCUGCGUCUGCUCACUCCGCCUUUUGGCCAAUACGCUGCCACCGAGCAGCAGCUGGAGGGUGAAUAUCGCUUUAGUCACGCGCGUCUUAUCGAGAACUCGGAAGAAGUGGCAUUCUACCGCGGUCAGCAGCUGGAGAAGCACCUCAUCGACCGCACCUACUUCUCGCUUAUCAAGCAUAUCAACCGCGUGCUGCACAUCCGCAUCGGUCAUGGUAUGAUGGAAGAGGGAAUUGUCAAGUGGUUAUGGGGCGCCAUCGGUCUCGUCAUCUGCUCCACCCCCGUCUUUUUGAAGCUUCCUGCCGCAUUUGGCGGUGGCGGUGGCGGCCGUGGCGGUGGCGGCGAUAUGGGCUCGCGUACCGAGCUCUUUGUGACUAACCGUCGCCUGCUUCUUUCUUCUUCUGACGCCAUGGGUCGUAUUAUGUACAGUUACAAGGAGCUUUCUGAACUGGCUGGAUACACAGCGCGUCUUUCGGAGUUGAUCGAAGUGAUGGAGGAAGUAGAGCAGGGCCGCUCCAAGAAGCUAACGGUGAGCUCGCAGAGCGAGGUGCACAAGCAGGAAAAGGAAACCAUUUUCAAUAGUCGUGGCGAGCUUGACAACACCUCGGAGAACGUUGUUUUUGACGAGGUUCCUGUUGUAAGCCCCACCGGCGAUGUUCUUUUGGAGAAGCUCAGCUUCAAGAUCGAGCCCGGCCAGCACCUCUUGAUUGUUGGACCUAAUGGCUGCGGAAAGAGUAGCAUGUUCCGUAUCCUUGGAGGUCUUUGGCCCGUUUACGGCGGCAAGGUCGCAAAGCCAUCCAACGACAGCUUUGCCUACAUUCCCCAGCGGCCUUAUCUUUCCUUGGGCACGCUGCGCGACCAGAUUAUUUACCCCGACACCCUCGCGGAGAUGCACGCCAAGGGUGUCUCGGACGAGGAUCUUAUGGACAUUCUCGAUAUUGUCCAGAUUCAAAACAUUGUGAAACGCGAAGGUGGUUGGGACGUGAAGCGCGAAUGGCGCGACGCUUUGAGCGGUGGCGACAAGCAGCGUAUUGCCAUGGCUCGCUUGUUUUACCACAACCCCAAGUAUGCUAUCUUGGAUGAGUGCACCAGUGCAGUCACGCUCGAUAUCGAGCGUGUGAUGUACGAACACGCUACAAAGCUGGGCAUUACCAUGAUGACUGUCUCCCAUCGUCCUUCGCUUUGGAAAUACCAUUCGCAUGUGCUUCAGUAUGAUGGCCAGGGUGGAUACGUAUUCACGGAGCUCGAUGCCGACAAGCGUCUCGUGCUGCAGGAGGAGAAGCAACAGCUUGAGCAGAAGCUGCUGCUGCUUCCCAAGUGGCAGGAGCGCCUGGAAGAAUUGCGCGAAAUUCUGGGCAACCGGUCGCGCCGUCGUCAGAUUGCACCGGAGGGUGCAAAGCAGGACCCGCCCGCUGUGCCGAAGCCUACGGAGAAUGCAGAGCCGGAGGCUGUGCCGGAGCCUACGGAGAAUGCAGAGCCAGAGGCUGCCGAGCCGAAGCCUGCCAAGGAGACGAAGUCUUCCUCCAAGACCAAGAAGACCAAGAAGACUACCGCCGCAGCCAAUGGUGGGCUUGCGCGCAACUUUGCUGCCCCGCCCAUAGACAUUGCCGAGCUGAGCGGAAAGAAGAGCACCGAGUUCAAGAACCAGCAGAACCCAGGGAAGUAG